AUGUCACAAAAUUUAGCCUACUCGCCAGCAGUAACUUCCCGAUCGUCGCUAUCUGUGUCCCAGAGAUACAAUAUCGACUCAUACUAUUCAUUAUUACUAGCGCAUCCAUACAGACCAACGUUGCCAUUGACAUCGCCAUCUGUAGUAGCACCAGGGUCAAGAUCAGAACCAAUGACCGUUACCAAUCCAACAGAUUCCCCUUUUCUCCGCCUCCCCUAUGAACUCCACCAAAAGAUCGGAUUGGAACUUACUUCGGCAACCGAUACCAUUGCACUAACAAACACCUGCUCUCUCUUCCGACAAACUUUGCAAAGUUGUAAUUACCUGUGGUAUCGUCUCCUUUACCUCUCAGGAAGCAUACAGAACGAAUACGACACCUACAUUCCUGGAAGAGAAUAUUUGAAGAGAGUGAUCAGGAUUAGACAAGGCAAGAGGUUCAGGUGCCAGAAUUGCUUAGCGAAAGCGAAUAUUAGGACAGUGGAUUGUUAUGGGGCUGGAAAACCUGGAAAAUAUUGCUACCCGAAAGACGAAAAAAACCGAACUAUGCAGAAAAGGGAGAGGGAGAGGGCUAUAGUGUUUAUGGGGGUUUACUGUGUCGAGUGCUUGGGGAAGAGAUUCUAUGAUAUUGUAUCUUUUGAGCUCAUGCAAGACAAACUCUGGGAAGGAAUCAUAAAUCCUCCACUUAUCCGCCUUCCGAAAUGGCUCAUCUGCAAAGCCCUGCUAGGCCAAUACACUAAACAUACACCGUCAUUUAACUCCAAUAAUCCUUUUUCAACAGACCAAACCCCUAUCGUAUGUAUACCGAAGUCCGAUUCUAUGGCACUCGCAGAUGCAAUAACGGACGAGGAAGCUACGGAACAAAUCUUAAAACGCAUCGAGCAGAGAAAUGAGAAACUUGCAAAAGUGACAAAAAGAAGCGGAAUACAGGAAAGAAGAUUUGUCUUGGAAUAUAUGGUUGAAGCUUAUGAAGAUUUCUAUGGAGAAUUGCACGUCACUACACCAGUCCAUGAGUUUGGGCAAUGGUGGGCGAACGAAGUUUUUGAGCUGGAUGGCCGAGGGGACGAUGCGAUAGGAGAGGCAUCUUGGGGUGGAAAAAGCUCGAAAGAUCCUGUUCGGCAGAUAUUGCUGAGGUCUUAUGCGAGAAGGUCGAGCAAUCUAGAGAUCAGUAGGUGGGCAGAUAUGUUACAUGAUAUUGGCCCAGGCUUUAGGGCGUUGAUGAAGGAGGCUUACGGGUUACUCGCGAUAUCCGGCUACUCGAUGAUGGUUCCGAUCAUUGAAAGAGCGUAG